CGAGAAUCUGUCUCAUUGAAUGUGCCCCUGCUUCCCACCAUCCCUCUCAACGGCUAGCAGUAACUCCACGCCACCCUCACUCACUCUUCAAGACCACGCUAGCGUGCGUCCAGCCCGUCUGCCUCCGCCUCUUGAGAUCGAACCACCCUCGCUCGCUCAUCACAGUAAACAGAGAAAAGCAGAGCACUUGCCUGCCUCCAGUAAUUUUCCUCCCAGAAACCAAACCACACGCACGCGAGCUAGUAGUACGUUUCUUGCUCUUCAGUUGGGGGGCAAUGCAAAUGCAAAUGCAGGACAUGGCUGCGUCGACGGUGGCUUUGGUGCUGCUGCUGGUGGUGUGGGGGGCGUGGGGGUGCGCGGCGCAGGCGAUGGUGCCCGGCGUGAUGAUCUUCGGGGACUCGGUGGUGGACGCCGGCAACAACAACCGGCUGGCCACGCUGGUGCGCGCCGACUUCCCUCCUUACGGCCGCGACUUCCCGGCCACCCACGCGCCCACCGGACGCUUCUGCAACGGCAAGCUUGCAACCGACUACACCGUCGAGAACCUGGGGCUGAGCUCGUACCCGCCGGCGUACCUGGGCGAGGAGGCGCAGAGCAACAACAAGAGCCUCCUCCACGGCGCCAACUUCGCCUCCGGCGCCUCAGGCUACCUCGACGCCACCGCCGCGCUCUACGGCGCGAUCUCGCUGGGGCGUCAGCUGGACUACUUCAAGGAGUACCAGUCGAAGGUGGCCGCGGUGGCCGGCGGCGCGCGCGCGGCGAAGCUGACGACCGACUCCAUCUACGUCGUCAGCGCCGGGACCAGCGACUACGUCCAGAACUACUACGUCAACCCCGUGCUGGGCGCCACCUACACGCCCGGCCAGUUCGCCGACGCGCUCAUGCAGCCCUUCACAUCCUUCCUCGAGAGCCUGUACGGGCUGGGGGCGAGGCGGAUCGGCGUGACGUCGCUGCCGCCGAUGGGCUGCCUCCCGGCGUCCCUUACCCUCUUCGGUGGCGGGGCCGGCGGCGGCUGCGUAGAGCGCCUGAACAACGACUCCCUGGUCUUCAACACGAAGCUGCAGGUGGCCUCGGACGCCGUGAGGAAGCGGCACUCGGACCUCAAGCUCGUCGUCUUCGACAUCUACAACCCGCUCCUCAACCUCAUCCGCGAUCCCACCAGCGCCGGGUUCUUCGAGGCUAGGAGGGCGUGCUGCGGGACGGGGACGAUCGAGACGUCGGUGCUGUGCCACCAGGGGGCGCCGGGGACGUGCGCCAACGCGACAGGGUACGUCUUCUGGGACGGGUUCCACCCCACGGACGCCGCCAACAAGGUGCUCGCCGACGCGCUCCUCCUCCAGGGCCUCCAGCUCAUCUCCUGAUCCCCAUGGAUGCAUGGCAUCGAUCGUCUCCUCUCUACCUGUGUUGCUAGCUUGUGAUGCGACUUCAUCUAUCCCUGUUGGCUUGCUUGCUGGACAUGCAUGAUCCUUAGGUUUGGUGUAGCUAGCUUAGCGUACGUUUUGCAUUUGCUUCAGAGUGGUGUGUGUGAGUGUGCUGCUAUGUAAUAUUGUCGGUACUGGAUGCUUUUGAUAAUUUUUGUGUAAUCCAUGUAGGAUGGUAAUAAUAAAUUUUGUAAGAUAGCCUAAAAAUGAGCUAGCAAUAUCCGUACGUUGACGUUUAAUCA